UUACUUCUGACGCUUCAAACCCUCAGGGAGUUGGCUCAAGAUUGCUUGUCUUUGAUAAGGUCCUCAAAAUCGUAGCAGCAACUUCGCGAUCGGGGAAAAGACUAGUAAAAAAGGCAGCGAAAUAAAAACCAAGCGAGGGAAGCAACACGCCAAGCAGCAUUAAUUGUACAUUCAGCACCGAGUGGGUAAAACAUAAGCUGAUUCUCAAGCGCUGUGUGUUUUUUUUAUUCGGGGGACGCAGAAAGCUGCAGUUGUUUUUAUGCAUCUGCCAGGACCAGGCGGUCGGUUGGUCCCUUUGAAGUGAACUGCUCCAGCCUCGCGGUUCAGUUGGUGUUGGAGUCAGCUACAGGAGGGACCUCCGCGCGGCAUGGCUGCCUGAAAGCACAGGGAGGAGAAAAAGAGGAGGGGGAGAAAGACAGAAAAAAAAGAAAGCGAUACACAUAUAUUUUUUCCUUUCAACGCAUUUUUUUCUUCACUCAAACCCGAACGGACUGUAUGUGGAUACGUCUCGGAGAGCAGUAAUGUGGAUUACACGCGCGUUUUGUGGAUAAAAAAAGAGUUCAAUUCGAAGAGCUAACUCGUGGAUCGAUGAGAGAAGACGUGCAGCCGGAGAGAAGCCCCCCCCCUCCCACCCCCCCUGCUGACAUAAGAGAGUGAGUGAGGAGAUUACAGUAAAGCUGAAGAGGAGGGGGAACAGCACACGGGGCUCUUCUCUCCUGCAGCCUGCAACAGCCAUGAGCCGGGUGCUUGUGGACCACAUCGCCAAUAGUUUCCGAGAAGAUGCUCCCCGACCCCCGGUGCCCGGGGAGGAGGGCGACGCGCCCUGCUGCCCCGGCAAACCCGCAGUGAUGAAGCCCCUGGAAUCCCCCAAAUCGCCUCUGCUGGGCUCUCCGGUGUCCUCGGCGAGGAGGAACGAGGAUGGUCUUGGGGAGCCAGAGGGGAGUGCAUCCCCGGAUUCGCCGCUCUCCCGGUGGACUAAGUCUUUGCAUACUCUCCUUGGAGAUCAGGACGGUGCUCUUCUUUUUCGAACAUUCCUGGAGCGGGAGAAGUGUGUGGACACUUUGGACUUUUGGUUCGCCUGCAACGGCUUUCGGCAAAUGGACCUCAAGGAUACCAAAACUCAGAGAGUUGCCAAAGCCAUCUACAAGCGCUACAUUGAGAACGACAGCAUAGUGGCCAAACUCCUGAAGCCUGCCACUAAAACGUUCAUCCGGGACACGGUCAAGAAGCAGCACAUCGACUCCGCUAUGUUCGACCAGGCGCAGACAGAGAUCCAAACCAACAUGGAGGAGAACGCAUACCAGAUGUUUCUGACCUCUGACAUUUAUCUGGACUAUGUGAGGACUGGGGGAGAGAACCCGGGCUACCCCAGCCUGAAAGUUGUCUGUGGAUACCUGCCCACGCUCAACGAAGAGGAGGAGUGGAGUUGUGAUUUCAAAGCCAAAGCUCUGGCUGGACUGUCAGCUAAAGGACCACGGGGCUCCACGCCCAUGAGCGCCGUGGACGUGAUGGAGAGGGGAUACAGAUCCUGCAAGAGGGGAGACUCAUGCAACCCCUGCCACGUGGGCUCCUUUGCACCUGUCAGCAGCACCAAUGACAGCGAGGUUUCCAGUGAUGCCUUGACUGACGAUGCCAUGUCGGUGACUGACAGCAGUGUAGACGGCAUCCCUCCAUACAAGCUGGGGACCAAGAAGCAGCUGCAGAAGGAGAUGCAGCGCAACAUGAGGAUGAACAGCCAAGUUUCACUGCCUGCUUUCCCUCGCACCCAAUGUCCCCCCAAGGCGAUGAUCCCCAUGAAGCCAGCAGAGUUUGCGGCUCUGCUCAUUUCUCGGCUGGAAAGUCUGAAGGAGCAGGAAAAUGGGAGCUCUCCAAAACAAAGGCUGCAGCAGAUUCAGGAGGAGGAGGAAAGAGAAGAAACGGAGAUUGAUGGAAGCGCUCCUCAGCUGUCCCCGCAUCCUUUGACCCUCCUCUCCGGCUCCUCUGAGGAAGAUCCCCAGGCAAUCCUAGACGAACAUCUUUCCCGAGUCCUGAAGACCCCCGGUUGUCAGUCCCCUACCAUGAUACGACACUCGCCCUGCUCCAGCUCCCCGGAGCACCGGGCCUUCAGCUGUGGAGGCUUUGGAGUCAAGGCUGUGCUGAGGGCUGGGCCCUCCACUCCGUCUGUCUUGAGCCCUGACCAAGGAGGGUUCGCUCUGGCCAUGGGACCCAACAGGACCCUCAUCAGCAAGCAGAGCACCAAGCACAUCCACCACCACUACAUCCACCAUCACAGCGGUCCCAAGUCGAAAGAGCAGAUAGAGAGGGAGGCGGCCCUGCGGGUGCAAGGCGUGUGCUCCAGCAGUGGAGAGCCACGAGCUGCUUAUCCACGCAGUCGCAGCCUGGGCAGGGAGAUGUGUGGGGCCCCCUCAACAGACAGCAGCGUGGGGCGUUCAAGCUCACUUUCGAGACACGUGUGUCGCUCAAGUGGGGAGGACAGUGUCGCAGAGCGAUGUUCGAAUAACUUUGGACCCUUACUCCCCAGCGACACCACAGACCCCACGCAGAACGUGCUGCAGUGGAUACUCGAAAGUAAAAGACAGAGCAGGCACAAGACUCACAGUGCCCAAAGCACCAAAAAGACCUUCGGGGGCCCGUCAGCUCAGACGCACACAUGGGGUGGAGGUGGAAGCUGUGCUCACCUAAGGAACCACCAGCCAGCUCAGCCCUUCAUCCAGGACCCCGCCAUGCCUCCCCUGCCCCCUCCCAACACUCUGGCCCAGCUAGAGGAGGCCUGCCGCAGGUUGGAGGAGGUGUCUACCAAACCGUCUAAGCAAAGGCAUUUACUGUCUGGGAUCCAGAGAGACAAGAGCCACCAAGUGUCUGUCCAGGGUGGGGGCCCCGUCCCUCUGUUUGUAGCCAGCCCCAACCUGGUUGUCCUCAACUCCAGUGGCUUCAGUCUCCAGUCAGAAGAGUGUAAAAAGGGCUUAGGAAACCCUGCCAGGAGCAGCGGGGGGGAGACGGUGGUGACGUAUUUCUUCUGUGGUGAGGAGAUUCCUUACAGAAGAACCAUGAAGAGCCACAGUCUCACCUUGGGUCACUUUAAGGAGCAGCUUCGGAAAAGGGGCAGCUACCGGUACUACUUCAAAAAGGCCAGCGACGAAUUUGAAUGCGGCGCUGUGUUUGAGGAGGUGUCGGACGAUAGCUCCCUGCUGCCCACGUACGAGGGCAAGAUCCUGGGAAAGGUGGAGAGGAUGGAGUGACUCCACACCAGCGGAGCCCGGGGGCACGACUAAGCGACUAAAGCGGAAGUUAUGGACUGUUGAGCUGACAGCCACUUUAAAGUGAAGAAAAUCGGAACCGUGGUGCCGGACUCGAACCUCCCCGGUAUUCAGUCGGGACUCUAGGUGAAUGACCACUUCGGGAAGAAGCAGAGCUGUGGGUUGAAAUGUAGACUGACCUGACCCCUGCCUGCUUCUGACCGCCGACACGGGCUAGCACAUCAGUAGUAUGUAUAUGCAGACAUACAUGUAGAUUUCAUUUUAUUGUUAUUCCUAUAAUGCUCUGUAAAGAUUUCUAUUGCUAUUUAUUGGAAAUAUCCCACAUCCUAAUAUCCUUCCAUGGACAAGCUGCUUGGAGAAACUUUUCACUUAUGUUGGAUCCCUCCCCCUAAACGAUGAGCUGUCUUAAACACCUAAAAUGACCCAUUUACUACUGCAGUUCUAGUUAUGGAGAUGUUCCCAUACGAUCUAUGAAGAAAACUACAAAUGUUCUAAAUGUUUCUUUUUUUCUUUUUUCUUUUUUGGUCCAGCUAGCCUUGAUCUGUUGCGUCUCAGUGCCUUUGUUUUGCGCAGGCAUCGCACAAAUAGCCUAGAAACGUGUACCAGGAGGACCCCCGUCUAAGAAGUCCUUCAGCCCCGAUCAUGUGUUUACACCCAUUUUAUUAUGUACCAACAAAAAGCUCUCUAAUGUGCUCCCUGUGAGUGUGUAUCAGUGUGUGUGUGUGUGAGUUAAGUCAGGUCAGUCUGUGUGUGUAAAUUCUGCACUGAGCUGCAGAGAAAGAUGGCGAUUGUUUUUAAUACACUGUACAUAGUGUUUCCAUUGAGUACAGUAGCUGUGCCUACAUGGUUUGAUGCCGUGUUUCACCCAGUUUUCAGGGUCUUAUCAAUCCCUUGGUUUAACAAGGGGGGGGGGGGGGGGGGGUGUAUGUGGAAAGGAUAUUUUUAUGCCUUUUAGAAUGUGUUUCACCACGUUUCUGUUUUAUUCUAUUUUUUUUGAAGGCUUCCGCGGCUCCACGUGUAAACUGUAAAUUAUGCGUCCCAUAGAGCUCAGUUGAGAAGAUGCCUCGGUACUUUAAUUAUUGUAAUUAUAAAGAGAUGUAGCCUUUAUUAAAAUGUUCUAUUUUUCAAAUGAG